AUUAGCCAAGACAACAUGACGUGUUUCCCCAUGCAAUUCAGGACAACAACUUGUAUCCUGAAGCAAUGUAUGUCUCGUCUGCUUAUCGCGUACUGUGUCAUUUUUGUUCAGCUUCAUGGAGCGUUUUCUGCACCGCAAGCUUGUAACUCUAGGCACAAUUCACUGAAGCCAUGUUGCUCUGCGCAUGCAACAGACUUGAAGCAUGAAAUAACUAUUGGUGUGUUACUGCCGACCGUGGAGGUAAACGGCAAGCUCUUCAAUCAACCAAUUCGAGCGGUACUGAUGGCUGUUGACGAGAUCAACGACAGGUCAGACAUCUUACCAAACACUCGUAUUUGUGUGGUCGUUAACAGCACAUCUUACGAUCGCUGGCAAGCCGUGCAAGCUGCAUUGUGGCAAGUAAACGUGGCUAACGUAGCAGCCAUUAUAGGUGGAUCCGACGCGUCGGAGGCGAAACUUAUCGCUACGAUCACAAGAGAGGCAUCGGUACCACUCCUUUCACCGUUAGAUGUUGAGUUUGAGUCUGAUUUGCAAACUCUUUAUCCGACGUUGUUCAGAGUUGGUGAUGCUUAUGACCGCCUGCGAGAUCUCAUACAAGAUGUGCUCGAGCAAUUUGGCUGGAGAAAUGUUACUGUUAUUCACUCUGAUGAAGACUACGGUUUUUAUGGAGUUCGAUAUGCCAUCGAACAAGCAAGAGCUGCUGGCUAUCACAUCAAUUCUGUCUAUUUGCAACAGCCUCAUAAUGAUCAACUAACUGAGAAUGAAAAGAAAGCCAUCUACACGUUGAGGGAUGAUCGAUUCCGCAUAUUUGUAGUUGUUCUUCACCCUGAAGAGCAAGCUGCGGUCUUGAGGAUCGCUUCUGAAGCGGGUAUGUUUGCGUCAGGGUAUGCGUGGGUUAUUACGCAUUGCAACUAUGGAACAGAUCUGUUUAACGAGACCACAAUGGACGGUAUAAUCUGUAUCAGACAGCAGACCAAUGAUACAGCAAUAGGUGAUUUAUGGAACAUGAUGCAAAAUUCGAGCUACAGUGGAGAUGAGACAAGCAUGUGGCUUAGUUCAGUUUAUGCCUACAAUGCUGUACACGCACUCUCCCGAGUUAUGAAUAUGUCGCAGAACUCAACUGCAACGACCACAAGUCCAUCUGCAACCAUUCAACCCAAGUUCAGACCCAAACCGUCUUUUGAGAGACAGACACUGUUUAAUGUGCUUGCCAAUGCAACAUUCUACAAUCAAACAGGAACAUUACUUUUGAGACACAGACAUCAAACAUCCAACUAUAGCUUUUUCAACUACCACAAAGGAGAAUUAUCCUUAUUUGCCACCAGAAAUGCCAAUAAUUUUUCUCUGGUUGCGACCACCUUAAGCAGCCAGCUGGUAUAUUUUCCUGGAGGCACGAAUACUGUUCCACCAGAUUUCCCAGUUGAACAUUACAAGACACUGAAUGCCUUGGUGCCAAUUUCAUUUCCGUUUACUGAUUACGUCAACAGGAACAGCAAUACACCAUGUCAACCGGAACACAAUGAAACAAAUUGUGAAUUUCGAGGAGUUGCUAUUGAUCUCAUUAGACUUGUUGCAAAUAAGCUUGGAAUUGAAAUCAAGUUGACAACGUGGAACGACACAUGGAAUAAAUUAGUUGAAGAAGUAGGAAAUGCUAACAACAGUUGGCAUCUAGCAGUUGGAAGUGUGACAGUUACAGAACCAAGACGUCGUCUUGCCAAUUUCUCCAGUAGUAUCUUUGACGGCAGUCUCAGAAUCCUUGUUCACAAAGCCACUAAAAGGAGUUAUUUUGAAUUUUUCCAGCCAUUCAGGUGGUCUGUGUGGCUUCUCAUAAUUAUCACUCUCAUUGUGGCUUCUGGAGUGAUUCUCUUCCUUGAUCCAGAUUCUGUAGACAAUGGGUUUGCAAAGAAACAUCCAAAUGCUGGAAAGUGGAAUUGUCGAAUACACCUCGUAUCUGAGGCUGUGUACUUCGUCUGCUGUCUAUUUUUUUAUGUUCAUAGAGUUGACGAUGUCAAUCGAUUGUUUGCUCGUGUGUAUGUUAUUAUGUUGUGCUUUUGGGCUCUGAUCAUGGUGUCUGCUUUUACAGCCAACAUGGCAUCUUUCUUUACCUCUCAACAGCAAGAUCACACAAUCAGCAACUUCAGGCAAUUGAUAGGUCGUAAGGUCGGUUGUCGUAAAGGAACUUCCAACUGGAAUUAUCUAAUAAAUGAGCUAUCUUUUGACACAAAAUAUUUGGUGGACAUAAAACAUCCUAGUGAACCACACGAAGCCUUGGGAAAACUGAAGAGUGGGUCUAUUGAAGCUUACAUCGGUGACACACAUCAUGUGAAGGGUUUGGCUGCAAGCGACUGUGAUGUAGUUGUUACUGGACCACAAGAACAGCCACAAAAAUAUGCAUUUCCAAUGAAAUCAAACCUAUGGUAUCGCAAUCAAAUCAACAAGGUCAUACAAGAGGCUCUUCAAGAGAAAUUUGUACUACGGGCUUUUGAUAGACAUUUGAACAGCACGUGUCCUCCAGUGGCAGAACAAGAAGACAACCGUAAAAUAACCUCAGAAGACUCUCCUGGCCUCUUCAUUUUAUCAUGCGGUCUGGGCUUCUUUCUGAUAUUGUUGAAAGGAAUUUAUCUGUCAUGGCGAUGGUGGAAAAAGCGACAAAUGCGAAACACUGUUUUACCAUCGUAAGUUAUUUACAACUAGAAAUUUAUAU